UUUUUCAUUCGUACUAAAACUGGAUGUCUAAUGACGUCAACCUGUCCUGUUCAUACUUCUUGCUAGUCCUCAGCAUAUUCUUCGAGCCUUCGAGGUGACAAUUCAACGCCUACUUAUCUUUCCAUAGAAAUUCACUGUCCUGUUCCAACUUCUUCCACAACUUUGCUAUUAUGGUACCUUUCGUUUGUUACGCUUAAAAGACGCCCUCAAGGUUAUGUUUUGAUUUCUCUAGUUUAUGCAUGCAUACUACUACUGAUUCCAGUCAAUCAUCGCUAUUAUCACCCAAUGGCUUUGUACAAUGCGUUAUUAUCAAAUUAUCAUCUUCCUUGUUCAAUCUUCUUCUUCUUCAUCCUAACAACAUUGUUGAAUCUUCCUAGUACUACAAAUUCAAUCUCCUUCACCUUUCCAAGUUCCCCAAACAACGAUCCUAAAAUACACGUCCAAGGCGAUUCGUUUCUAGCUGGUAACGCCAUUCAACUCACCAAAAAUGCAACCGGUAACGGAAGUGUUGGCCGUGCAACCUAUUCAGAACCUAUACAAAUUUGGGAUCCAUCCACCGGAAGGGUUGCAGAUUUCAGUACACGCUUCUCCUUGGUCAUAGAGACCGUAAAUAAUACAGAAUUUGGUGGUCACGGUGAUGGCGUCACUUUUUUCCUGGCCCCUUUUAGAUCCGAGGUUUCUCCAAUGUUUGGCGGUGGGUUUCUUGGCCUGAUGAGUUCAGGCGCAGCUGAUCAAGAAUCGCAAGAAUAUCAAUUUGUUGCAGUUGAGUUGGACACUUAUAAAAACGAGUGGGAUCCAUGUUCUAGUCAUGUUGGUGUCAACGUUAACUCGGUGGUAUCAGUGGAUACCAAGGCAUUUCAAAAUGGUAGUAUGAGGAAUGGAAAACACGUUAUUAAUGCUUGGGUAAGUUACAACUCGACUACAAAAAAAUUGUCUGCUUCUCUAACUUCUGCUGAAAAUCCCGUUAUCGGUCGAAACUCUACUUUGUCUCGUAGAAUUGAUCUAAGCAAGUACCUGCCGGAGACGGUUAGAGUUGGCUUCUCGGCUGCCAGCACUGGGAUGACUUUAGACAACCAUAAAAUCCUUUCCUGGCAAUUCAAUUCCACCUUCAGAAAAGGAAACGGUGUUAACAGUUUGGUGGUGGGUCUUAUUGUUGGUUUGGAUGCUUUCGGUUGUUCGAUUGGUUUCGCUAUAUUUAUCUGGUGGAGCAUAAAGAGGCGCCGCGCAAGGAACUCUCAUCUUGAUGCAGCGAAUUCUGAUUCAUCCAUGGAUGAUGCAUUUGAGAAAGGAACAGGCCCGAAAAGGUUCUUAUACAGCGAACUUGUUGAUGCGACAAAUAACUUCCACGAGGCAGGGAAACUUGGAGAGGGAGGAUUUGGAGGCGUUUACAGAGGGUUCUUAAGCGGUGCAAACUUGAAUAUCGCUGUCAAGAGGAUAUCAAAAGGAUCACAACAAGGAAGAAGGGAGUAUCAAUCAGAAGUCAGGAUAAUUAGUAAACUGCGACACAGAAAUUUGGUUCAGCUCAUAGGUUGGAGCCACCAACGAAAUGAGUUGCUUCUUGUGUACGAAUUCAUGCCAAACCGGAGCCUCGAUAAGCAUCUUUUCCGAGGAGUAAAUGUUCUAAAUUGGGAAGUCAGGUACAAAAUAGCUCUUGGUUUAGCUUCUGCAUUGCUAUAUCUACAUGAAUUAUGGGAACAAUGUGUACUUCACAGAGAUAUUAAAGCAAGUAAUGUAAUGCUGGAUUCAGAUUUCAAUGCUAAACUCGGCGAUUUCGGUUUAGCGCGGCUGGUUGAUCAUCAUUUAGGUUCUCAAACGACAGCCUUAGCGGGAACUCUGGGUUACUUAGCCCCAGAAUGUAUAUAUACAAGUAAAUCAAGCAAAGAAUCCGAUGUUUAUAGUUUCGGGAUCGUCGCGCUGGAGAUUGCCUGCGGUAGGAAGCCGGUUGAACAAAACAAGGAAAACUUGGUAGACUGGGUUUGGGAACUCUAUGCAAAUGGUAAGAUUGUUGAAGCGGCCGAUGAAAGGCUAAAUAUGGAUUUUGAUGGACAACAAAUGGAACGUUUGUUGAUUUUAGGAUUAUGGUGUGCGCAUCCGGAUCCUACAACUAGACCUUCCAUUAGGCAAGUGAUGAAUCUUCUCAACCAUGAAUCCCCAUUGGUGAAUCUUCCAACAAAGCUGCCUCCUCCGGCUUAUAAUUAUGCUUAUGCACCCCGACUGGAUAUGUGCAAGCUUGCUUUUGCUUCAGCUUGUGGUGAUUACUCGAAUUCGCAGACAAAUGGUAGCCAAUGUAGAUGCAGUAAAUGUUCGACAGCCGAUUCGUCUCAGAUGUUGACGAAGACUACUGCUGGUUCUUCCCCAUCAGAAUCUCCCCUACAUUCUUGUUAGACCUGAUUGAUACACGUUAAUGUUCUAAACUCACUGUGUUUGCAGCUAGAGUUUGGGAUGAAAUUUACAUAAAAUUUCAGUAAACUUAUCAUUUAUGACUACUGUGCGAUGCACAAAAUGUUGUAUAAAUUGGCAGAAAGAUGAGAAUUUGGUAAUUCAUGGAUCAA